AAUAAAAAAACCAAAAACGAAAAAGAAAGGAAAAAAAAGGUUAAGUGUACGGUAAGCUCUUUCUCUUCUUCUUCACCCCUUUCGCAGAGAGAUAAUCAGAGUUUGUGUCAAAGAAGGAAAUACAAUCUGUGCCGUACUGUCCUUCCUCCAGGCUUGAGAUUGAUUGAAUCGCAGUGGGAGACAGAGAUACUGUGAGCUCAUAAACAACCCGUAAAGCCAUUAGAAUGAUUCAUGCCACAGAAGAAGAAAAGCGCUUUACUUGUUGAUGCGGCUGCGAGUGAGGCUUUGCAUUUGAUAACAAUAAGAACCCAACAGCAAGAAGAAGCGCAAGAGGAAGAGGACGAAGAAGAAGGGCUGUUGUUAAUUGUUGCUAAUUGUUGCUUAAUCGUGGGAUUAGAGGAUGAGAUUGGUGGGUAUGAAAUCGGAUUAGGAGGAGAGAGAGAUGAAGGGAGGGCGUGGGGGUGGUGUUUAUUCAGGGAAGCGGAGAUGGAGAGGCCUGGUGAUUGCAGUUUUGGGUCUGGUUUUUCUUUCCAUGCUCGUUCCUCUUCUCUUCCUUCUCGGCCUUCACAAUGGCUUUCACUCUCCGGGGGGAUCGUUCAAACCAUGUAGAUGAUCUUGUGAAACAAUUUGCACUAA